CUGAACAAUCCAUCAAGACCAGGUGGUCAGUUCAAACUAUUUCAGAGCUAACUCAUGGAGAGAUGGUCAGGAGAAGCUUGUCGAGAACAUCAAUAUUUGGCCUGAAAACACGGCACUUUGAUCGUAUCUACUAUUCGGUAGCUUUCCUUCUAAUCUUUCUUUCCUUCGUACCGCUUUAAGUACUCUGGCUUUUGGCUUUGGAAUACAAUCCUGGCAGUUUUGAAAUGACAUAUAAUAUUUUGAAUUUUACUGGCUGGUUUCUCUCUAUUUUAACAGUAACUGGAAAUGGCUUCGUAGUAUUCCUCAUCGCUAAAACUCGUAAUCUACAUUCGGCGGCCAACUGGUUUAUCGUUUCCUUAGCAGUGGCUGAUUUUAUAGUCGGUGCAGUCGCCUUUCCAGUGGGUUAUCACUGUGUAAACACAGCCCAUUGCAACAGGAUAGUCAUGAUAGUUUGGAUGGCUUUAUUCUGGUUUUUCAUGCACGCCUCAGUCACAAAUCUUUGCGCAUUAACUUGGAAUCGCUAUCUUGCCAUCGUUCAUCCACUCAAAUACCAUACUUCUAUGACCGUAAAACGGCCUGGUAUGACCAUCUUAGUCGCAUGGUUGAUUCCUGUGGCACUUUCUUCGUGCCUUUUCGUAGGAAUGUUAACAACAAGCUCCAUUACUGUCCACAAAAUUAUGCGGUUGACCUGUGUCUCAGCUUUCGACAUAAUAUCAUGUGUGAUAGUUCUUUAUGCCGUUGUUCGUGUCCUACUCGUCGCACGAGCACAAUCCCAACAAAAAUAUGUAACGGAACGACAACUUAGAUCUAGCUUCGGCUUGACCUUACGCAGAAGAAACAAGUACGAUACGGCUGCAGGCUUUAUAAUUGCUGUCAAUGUGUUUUUCCUGGGUUGUUAUGCCGUGGUAAACUAUCUGGUAAUAUGUCUCACUAUAUCUUCUUGCAAUGUGUCUGGCAAAUCAGCGCAGGUUGUCAGUUUGUUACUGAUUCUAAACUCUAUGGUGAAUCCCAUGGUUUAUGCUUUUCUGAAGAAAGACAUUAAAAAGAAAAUAAAAAUUCUCAUCUGCAGAAAAAACUUCGGUGAAAAGCGUAACCAUGGCGAGACUGGGUUGUAAUAGGAAUUUGAAACCUCUUUUUUAAGAAUUUCGCAGUAUUUGUUCAGUGAGAUACAACGGGGUAUGGGUAUACAGGCAUUAAAUAACAAUCUGUCCCUCUACCCCUCAAAGGGCAGAAUAAACAGACAUGUUUGUGGAGCAUGUUUUUUAAUCCUGACACAGCGCGUCAAAUUAUGUUACACUAUUGUUUGCUUAGACACAAAGGAUGAGAGGGCAGUAGCUAAAAAUAUUUAUUUUAUUUUCAGUGCAUCACUGCUCGGAAUAAACAACUGACUUUGAGAUGAUUUUAUAUAAUUAAAGGAAAGGUAAAGAUAAAUAAAUGUAACUAUUCUAAAGGUUCACUCAAUGCUACGUAUGAGACCCGCUACCCAGUCUUGUAGUAUCAAAAUUUUACUUUAAUCAGUGGGAAAUGGAAAAGCCUGGUGGUUCCAAGGCUGGACCUACAUCGAAAGGCUAGAUCGAGUUCUCAGUUGGGCAGUUUUAAUUCAAGUUGUUUUCUUAAGCGAGACUCUUGACUUUCGCAUUUACUUAUUAUUAACUUAUAUUGCGCUAAUGUCAAUAUACAUUUUCAUCAGCACAGAAACUAAAAUGUUACAAAAAUCUAACUGAAAAAAA